AUGAGAACCGUUCUUUUACUGAUGUUCUGUGUCGCCGUCUGUGUAUCUUAUGCACCAAGGGAAUAUGAUUGUUAUGCACCAAAACAUCUACCUGGAAUACGUUGUAUGGCAAGAAUGCUAAGAUUCGCUUACAACCCACAAAAGAACGACUGUGAACCAUUUCACUACGGUGGAUGUCGUCCAUCGAAAAAUAAUUUUAGAACUAUGGAACAUUGUCGUAGAUCGUGCCUCUUGAAGUAUAAAUGA